AUGUUUAGAAGAAGAACAACUGCACCAGAAAUGGAACAAGCGGACCCGACAGCUGUGGCAGCUGCAGCAAGUAUCGGUAGAUUAUUUAUGAAGAAGGGCAAUCAAUCAGAUAACAAGCAAAAGUCGACCUAUCGUUCCGCCUCAAUGACAAACUUGAGAAAACCUUCCGCCCCCAAAAGAGUGUCUUCCAUUUCUAGGACAUCAUCGGAGUAUAUGAGGGGUGAUGAUAAAAGUCGUUUCGGGAAAGUAAACAGUCUUACCCAACGCUCAUUGGAGAAGGGAAGUUCAUCAAAUUCUCCUCUAAUGAGGGGUCCACAGCAUAAAAUGAGCUCUCACAAUAGAACCUCGAGUCUUCCUAACCAGAGAGGUCAGUCAAGCAGAAGCAAUUCUGGUUUGCAACGUCAGAAGUCCAAAGCAUAUCAAAGAAUAAGCUAUGAUGAGGCUCAACGUACGUUCAAGGAUUUUGGUGGACCACAGGCUAGAGGCGUUUUAACGGGCCAGAAACGUGCUGAAAACAGUAGUGGGUCUACUCCUUUGAGGACUACGCGAAAGUAUAUUCCUGGGCCCAACGGGUUGAUUGCAAUUGAGGUCCCAGUUGAAAAACCAGGAAAUGCCAAUACUUCUAAAUCGCUCAGACGUUCAAACUCUGCCCACAGUGCCUUGAAUGCAAGGAGCGGAUCACUAUUAAGAAAAAAAGUAUCGCAAGAAUCUUUACAUUCUCAACCUAAAAAAACUUCGUCCCUAGGGAAUACAUCAAAUCCACAAGCAAAAAAAGGCGAGAGGCCGGCUCAGGAGGGAAAACUUCCAAAGAAACAUACGAUCAAUUCAAAUGUUCCUCUCAUUGAAACACAAGUUCGUGAAGAAACAGAUCAAGAGUUGAAACUCGAUAAUUCUAACUCUUCCGAAUCCGAAACCGUAGUCAAUAGUGAAAGAAAUCUAGAAAAACCUUCUUCACUAACUAGUGGAAAGGAUGAUCUAAGCAAACUAAUACACGAAAACAUCGAGUUAGAAGGUUUCAUCGAAGAAAAAGAAAAACAAAAAGAAACACCUUCAAAUUCUGGUCAAAAGGAUGUUCUCGUAAGCGAACAAAUUGUAGAGGGUAAUGUUGAACGGCCAAAUGACAAUCACCGAGUACCUGCGCUUGAAACAACUUUAGACUAUGACAACACAGAGAAGGAGGAAGAGGAUAAAGCAGUAGCAGAAUAUCUUCUUCCGAAAGCUGAAGCAGUUGACAAGAUAGUUGAACAAGCGAAGCACAUUUCCUCUAGCGAUAGUUCUGUCCAAGGAUUGGUUGAAAAUUGCAAACCAGGAAAAUGCGAUAAUACCCUAGAUAGUGAAACAAUUUCGUCUGCCAUACAGGACCAUAAUAAAAAACAUAGCUCAAUACAAAAUGUGACUUCGGAAAGCAUCGAGAGUUCACAAAAGGCUAAAAAGCAGGACAAUUCUUCCGAGAAAUUUCCUAGUACUAACACCUCUUCCCAACAAGGGAAUGGUGGCGAUACCAAAGAUGAGUACUUCGAUACUGUGGAAGAAAGCGUUCAGGAAGCGAGCAAAUCAAAUUCUUCUAACAAUAUCGACCACCAUAAGCAAUCUGAACCAACACCUUCUUUGGCUCAAUAUUUAAGGACUUCAAAUACCUACCUUUCUCGAAAAAACCAAUCGAAACAAGCUGAGCCAGAAGAGCUUCCAAAACCUGAAGCUCCUAUGGUUCCUGUAACGAAAGUAGUUACACCAAUCAAAUCUGCUCUUAAGAAGUCAUCUGGAUUGCCCAAUCACGACUCCUCCAUGUACUCUGAUAGCUCUCCCGCCAAUGGCGCAUAUCUAUCUCUUACAACUGCUGAAAAUACGAGACUAAAUGCUCAAAUGACCAUUCCCGACAGCGUAUCGCGUAGGACCAGUGUAAAACGCUCUUCCAUAAAAAGACCUCAAUCGGUAGGCCAGUUCAGAAGCAACAGAUCAAGUUCUCCUUCUCCCCCAGAGAAAAUAAACAAUAAACGUCAUUCCGCCAUACCUUUGGGAAUCCCAGAGAAGGGCAAACCAAAGAGAAAUUCAGUUAUGGCUUCGCUGUCUAAAAACUCGCAGCAAACCCAAGAGUCAGCAGGCGUAUAUGAGCCAAAUGGCCCAAAAAAGCCUAAAAACCAAGUCAAUAAGAAUAUAAAGAGAGGAUCACAGACCUUGCAAAACAAUAAACCCUCAACGAAGGACAUGAGUAGUAUUUUAUAUCCCAAGGAACCACCUCCCCGCAAGUCUAGUUUCGAGAAAACGAGAAGCAAUGAAUCCCAUCUUGGAUUUAAAAAACUUUCUUUAAGAAAUGGUGGCUUGGAGGAAGGAUUAAGUGACGGUUACAAUGGGCAAGCUGGCCAAAAUAACGCAAAUGUGAAUCGAACUGACACAGCACAGGAAUUUUUCAAAUAUUUGGGUCACUCUUCGAGAUUUGCGGAUUCAGAUUCGGAAGAUGAAUCCCAAUUUUUCAGCCAGAGCUCAUCGAAAUACAAUACAGAAACAGAAAGUAAUAGAACCAGCAAUAACAAAAAUAGCAGUGGUGGUAACGGUGCCCUUUCGCUUUUCAAAAGCAAAAGCAAACAGAAGGAAAGUGACGUGAUUUCUCCUGGAGUUUCACAUCCUAAUCACACUACCGCUGAUCCUGCCAUCUCAAGUAAAAAAGUGAGCAAGAAAUUCAGCGGAGUAUCUUUAAGAGCUGCCAGUGAAGCUGAACCUGCAAAAUUUUCAAACCCUUCGAUGACCAAUAGGUUACGAUUCUCUAGUAAUCCAGAGAACAGCGAAAGCAGGCUUCCACAAGCACAGGAAGUCAACACUACAAAAGAAAAGAAGGGCAGUUUUGGCAAAAAACUGAAGAAAAUCUUCGGUAGAAAGAAGUAG